CUUUGCAGGACACGGUGCCCGUCAUCGUGGAUUAUUGCCUUCGGCUGGAGCGCAGGGAUCUUCUGUUCAGCCAGAUGUACGACAGGUUCAGUGAGAACUCCGUGGCCAAGGGGGUCUUCUUGGAGUGCCUUGAGCCUUACAUUUUAAGCGACCAGCUGGUGGGGAUCACAGCCCAGGUGAUGAAAGAUCUGCUUGUUCACUUCCAAGAUAAAAAGUUGAUGGAAAACGUAGAGACCCUCAUUGUGCACAUGGACAUCACCAGCCUGGACAUACAGCAGGUUGUUCUCAUGUGCUGGGAAAAUCGCCUCUACGAUGCUAUGAUCUACGUCUACAACAGGGGCAUGAACGAAUUCAUCAGUCCCAUGGAGAAACUUUUCAAGGUCAUCGCCCCUCCUCUAAGUGCUGGGAAGUCUCUGACAGAUGAGCAGGUCAUUAUGGGCAACAAGCUUCUUGUCUACAUAAGUUGUUGCCUGGCAGGUCGGGCCUAUCCCCUGGGGGACAUCCCUGAAGACUUGGUGCCUUUAGUGAAAAACCAGGUCUUUGAAUUCCUGAUCCGCCUGCAUUCAGCAGAGGCCUCCUCCGAGGAAGAGAUCUACCCCUACAUCUGCACCUUACUUCACUUUGAUACCAGGGAGUUCCUGAAUGUCCUUGCCCUGACUUUUGAAGAUUUUAAAAAUGACAAGCAGGCUCUGGAAUACCAGCAGCGAAUCGUGGACAUCUUGCUAAAGGUCAUGGUGGAAAAUUCUGACUUCACUCCUUCUCAAGUUGGAUGUCUCUUCACCUUCCUCGCCCGCCAGCUUGCCAAGCCUGACAAUACACUCUUUGUGAACAGGACACUUUUUGACCAGGUUCUCGAGUUCCUCUGCAGCCCCGAUGACGACUCCCGACACUCUGAGAGGCAACAGGUACUCCUAGAACUGCUCCAGGCUGGAGGGAUCGUGCAGUUUGAGGAGAGCCGACUCAUCCGGAUGGCUGAGAGAGCUGAAUUCUACCAAAUUUGUGAAUUUAUGUACGAAAGAGAGCACCAGUAUGACAAGAUUAUCGAUUGCUAUUUACGGGACCCCCUGAGAAAGGAAGACGUGUUUAACUACAUUCAUAACAUCUUAUCCAUUCCUGGGCACAGCCCAGAGGAGAAGCAGUCCGUGUGGCAGAAAGCCAUGGAACAUAUUGAGGCCCUCGUGUCUCUGAACCCCUGCAAAGCAGCCGAGCUGGUGGCCACCCACUUCUCUGGGCAAGUUGAGGCAGUUAUUCAAAAACUCCAGAGCCCACUUCUGCUUUUCCAGUUUCUGAGGAGCCUUCUCGACCCGAGGGAAGGUGUUUCCAUGAACCAAGAGUCGCCACAGGUAGCCCCUUGCAUCACAGAGCAGUUCAUCGAAUUGUUGUGUCAAUACAGCCCACACCAGGUGAUCGACACCUUGCAAGUCCUCGAGUCCUACCGACUGGAAGAGACCAUUCAGAUUACCCAGAAGUAUCAGCUUCUCGAAGUGUGUGCCUACCUCUUAGAAAAGAAAGGAGAUGUCCAUGGUGCUUUCUUAAUAAUGCUUCAGAGACUACAAAGCAAGCUCCAGGAGUUUACAAAGGAAAGCGAAGAUGCAAAAGAAGACCCCUCAUUAAAGGAUGUUGAAGUGAUCUUAGUGGAGACAAUCGCCCUCUGCCAGAGGAAUUCACAUAGUUUAAACCAGCAACAGCGAGAGGCCCUCUGGUUCCCGCUGUUGGAGGCGAUGAUGGCCCCGCAGAAGCUGUCCGGUUCAUCGGCUCCACACCGACAUGCAGAAUCUCUCAAGUCUCUGACCAUGCAAGUGCUGAACAGCAUGGCGGCCUUCAUCGCCCUCCCGUCCAUCCUGCAGCGAAUCCUACAGGAUCCGGUUUAUGGAAGGGGACAACUCGGAGAGAUCCAGGGGCUCAUCCUGGGAAUGCUGGAUACCUUCAGCUAUGAACAGACUCUCCUGGAAACAACGACCAGCCUCCUAAACCAUGACCUGCACUGGUCACUCUGUAAUCUGAGAGCAUCGGUCACCAGGGGCUUGAACCCAAAGCAGGAUUACUGCUGCAUCUGCCUGCAGCAGUACAAGAGGCGCCAGGAGGUGGCCGAUGACAUCAUCGUCUUCAGCUGUGGCCACCUCUAUCACUCCUUGUGCCUGCUCAACAAGGAGUGCUCCGUGGGGACGGGGGGCCAGGCCCGGUGGACGUGCUACAGGUGCAAUUCCAGCAACAAGGUGGGGAAGCUCAGUGAAAGCGCCUCUGAGAGGAAGAAAGGACAGCUGGCCCAGGCCCAGAUGAAAGUGUCUCCCUCUUGUCCUUCACCCCGAGGAGAUUCUGCUAAGAAGACCCCGUCGGAGCCCGGACUGGACCCCCAGCAAACACAAGCUUUUGACCAUCUCUGCCGCCUCUACCGGGGAACCUCCAGGCUGGCGCUGCUCACGGAGCUCUCUCAGACCCAGAGCGGCGAGAGCCACAGGCUGCUGGGCGUCUCCAAGAGCAGCCCCGCCCUCAACAGCAUCUUCCAGAACGAGAACUUCCAGCUGCACCUGACCCCUCCUCCCCUGACCGCCGAGGACUGACCACCCAGGACACUGCCCUGAGGAGCCCUCGGCCUCCACGGAGAUCCUGAGGCCCUGCGUCCCCUGGUGGCCGGAGGCCCGGGCCCUUCUGCCCCACCGAUUCUGUCUGCCAUUGGCUUACUCGCCGUCCUGGUUCUCCUUCUCUCUGGAUUCUUCGGGAAUCGAUGGAGCGGCACAGACGCCCCAGCUCUGCCCGGAGUUCUCCUUCUCUUCUCUGAGGGCCAGAGCAAGGGGCCUGUGGAGGCCCCCAAGUCCCCAUUGAAGGUCUCCUGCCCCGAGGCCAGGCUGGAGCUUUCGGGUGUCCUCAGGGCCGCUCCCGGACCGGAGCCUUCAUGGGCGGCCUACAAGGGAGCACCCGAGCCAUUAAGUAAUAACUCUGAAUGGGGUCCCGAGAAUAAUGAAGAGGGGAGCGCAGCUAGUGCAGCCCCAGAGGUCGAGAGACCCUCAGAUGAGUCUGAACUGCUUUGACCCCGUCACAAUAAAGGCCCCUUGAAUUCUCUGCAGCCCCGUGUCUUUCUGUGUAACGCAGG